CUGCUUCCUCUGCUGAUGUGUCUGGACUUUGCCGCUCAGGGAGGCUGGACGGCGCUCAUGUGGGCCGCCUAUAAGGGCCGGACGGAGGUGGCCCGGCUGCUGCUGGACAGAGAAGCCAAUCCCAACAUCACUGGGCAGGUGCAGAAAACGAAAAUUAUCAGCUUAUUUAUCACAUUAAAGUUGAUCUGGGCCUCCAGGAAGGGAAACUACGACAGCGUGAUGCACCUGCUGGCCAACGGAGCUGAUGUGGAUCAGGAAGGAGCCAACUCCAUGACGGCUCUGAUCGUGGCGGUGAAAGGCGGCCACACGGACGUCGUCAAAGAGCUGCUGAAGAGGAAUCCCAACGUCAACAUGACCGAUAAGGACGGCAACACGGCGCUCGCCAUCGCCGCCAAGGAGGGCCACACGGAGAUCGUUCAGGACCUGCUGGACGCCGGCACCUACGUCAACAACCCCGACCGGAGCGGAGAGACGGUGCUGAUCGGAGCGGUGAGAGGAGGACACGUGGAGAUCGUCCAAGCUCUGCUCAACAAAUACGCUGAUGUCGACGUCAGGGGCCAGGAUGGAAAGACUGCCCUCUACUGGGCAGUGGAGAAAGGAAACGCUGCCAUGGUGAGGGACAUCYUGCAGUGCAAUCCUGACACGGAGAACUCCACCAAGGACGGAGAGACGCCGCUUAUUAAAGCCACUAAAAUGAGGAGCAUCGACGUCGUGGAGCUGCUGCUGGAUAAAGGAGCCAAAGUGUCCGCAGUGGACCGGAAAGGAGACACCGCCCUGCACAUCGCGAUCCGCGGCCGCAGCCGGAAGCUGGCCGAGCUGCUGCUCAGGAACCCCAAAGAUGGCCGCCUCCUGUACCGGCCCAACAAAGCUGGAGAGACGCCGUACAACAUCGACUGCACCCACCAGAAAAGCAUCCUGACGCAGAUCUUUGGAGCCAAGCACCUUUCCCCAACGGAGUCGGACGGCGACAUGCUGGGCUACGACCUGUACAGCAGCGCUCUGGCGGACAUCCUCAGUGAGCCCACCAUGCAGCCGCCCAUCUGUGUUGGUCUGUACGCCCAGUGGGGCAGCGGCAAGUCCUUCCUCCUCAAAAAGCUGGAGGAUGAGAUGAAGACCUUCGCGGGGCAGCAGAUCGAGCCGCUGUUCCAGUUCUCCUGGCUGGUGGUUUUCCUCACGCUGCUCCUCUGCGGCUCCGUCGCCGUCAUCCUGGGCUUCACCGUCGACCCCAGGCUGGCCAUCGCCGUCUCCCUCAGCCUCCUCGCUCUGCUCUACACCUUCUUUGGUGAGGAAACAAACGAGAGGAGAAAGGCCAAUGCAUCACAGCCACAACUGACGGUGGGAUGCCUGAUCACCGGCGUGGUGCUGCUAUCCAUCUUCAGGGUGGACUCUGAAAACCUGACGGUAAACGCAGUGCUGAUAGCGAUGGCCAGCGUGGUCGGACUGGCCUUGCUCAUCAACUUCCGCACCUGGUGGCAGGUGGCCGACUCCGUCCUCAACUCCCAGAGGAAGCGGCUGCAUGGCGCCGCCAACAACCUGCACAAGCUGAAGAGCGAAGGGUUUAUGAAGGUCCUGAAGCACGAAGUGGAGAUGAUGUCCAAAAUGGCCAAAACGAUCGACGGCUUCACCCAGAACCAAACGCGCAUGGCGGUCAUCAUCGACGGGCUGGACGCCUGCGAACAGGACAGAGUUCUGCAGAUGCUGGACACGGUGCGGGUUCUCUUCUCGAAGGGUCCGUUCAUCUCCAUCUUCGCCAGCGACCCUCACAUCAUCAUCAAAGCCAUCAACCAGAACCUGAACAGCGUCCUGAGAGACUCCAACAUCAACGGYCACGACUACAUGAGGAACAUCGUCCACCUGCCCGUCUUCCUCAACAGCAGAGGCCUCAGCCGCGCCAAGAAGCUCUGCGUGGCCACGCCCACCAACGGGGAGGCCGACGGGUGUCAUGACGACGUGGACAGACGGGUGUCUAUGAUGAGCCUGGCCCAGGAUCAAGUCAAGGUUGGCAGCAAGACUGCUCUAAACCGAAGGGUAACACACGCACACAGUCGUGUUUUCGUAUCUUGUGGGGAUUUUACAUUGACCUCCAUUCAUUUCCUUCAUCCUAACCCUCACUCUACCUCACCCUGUCGCCUGCUGCGCGCCCAUCAGAUCAUCUUUAACUGGGACCGCCUGGCGUCGUGGAUCCACCUGACGGAGGAGUGGCCGUACAGAACGUCGUGGAUCAUCCUGUUCCUGGAGGAGGCCGAGGCCGUGUCGGAUCAGGUCACACUCAAGACCAUCUACGAGAGGAUCUCCAAAAACAUCCCCACCACCAAGGACGUGGAGCCGCUGCUGGAGAUCGACGGAGACAUCCGCAGCUUUGAGGUCUUCCUGUCCUCCAGGACGCCCGUCCUCGUCGCCAGAGACGUGGAGACGUUCCUGCCCUGCACCGUCAACCUGGACCCCAAACUCAGGGAGAUCAUCGCAGGUCUGGAUGCUGUCGGAUUCACUGGGUCACCAGCCGGGCUCCCACUGAUGCUAAUCAGAGAAACCAGAGGUGAGCGCCGCUGCGCCCCGACCCGGCCCGGCCUGGCCGCUACCCGGCGUCCUGCGGCCAGACGGUGGGCGGCGCCAUCAGUGGCUGCCGCCCCGGAGCUGGACUCGCCUCAUAAGGGCCCCAUUGUGCUGGCGGGUCGGAUUGGGUCUCACUCGGCGCGCCAUUCAGCUGCCGCCUGUCCCCUGCAGGAGGCAGCGCCGCGCCCCCCGCCGGGCUUCGGCCCGCUCUCCGCCGCCGGCUCCCCGACCGGCUCCUUCGGCGGCGCGCUGCCGCCUCAGCCGCACAGCGCCUACUUCAGUGGGAUGACGGGCCCUCAGCACCCCUUCUACAACCGGCCGUAUUUCCCCCAUCAUGUCUACCAGCUGCCGCGACCUUACGCUCCCCUCAUCGCCCCCUCAUCCUCACGACCCUUCGCUAAACCGCCCGCCUCGCUGCAGAAGGCCGCCGGACUCCCGUGUCCGGUGGCGCCGCUCAGCUCGCUGGGGACGGACGCCGUGUGCGAACGGCUCAGGCAGAUCGACGGGAUGGACCCCAGCAUGCUGCCGCAGUACGCAGCAACCAUCACGAAGGCGAACAUCAACGGCCGAGUUCUGACGCACUGCAACCUGGACGAGCUGAAGAGGGAGAUGGACAUGAACUUUGGAGACUGGCAACUUUUCAGAGGGAUGGUGAUGGAGCAGCGGCACGCGGAGACGCAGGCGGCGCUGCAGGAAGAGUCUCGCGCCGCCAGUGAGCAAGGCAGCAGCGUUCUCCACGGGGAGUCGGGCCUGCGCCCGGCGGGGACGCAGCGCGACGGCGCCGCCCCCUUCGGCCUCGCCCUGAGCUUCGAGGAGCUGAGCGGCGUCGGGCUGGAGGAGCCGCCGCGGCGCAGCGGCAACCCGCAGUGGACGGCGACGAACCCCCACACCUGCAGCAUGUCCAGCCUCAACUCCCAGGAAUCCUCCAAUGACAUCUGCAAGCUGACGGACAAGCAGCAGGCGGAGUACCGGGACGCCUACAGGGAGUACGUGGCCCAGAUGGCCCAGCUGGAGAUGACCGGCAGCGGGGCGGAGCGGCCCGUCCAGCCCCAUCCGAACCACUUCCUCCAGGCCUCCUGCUCAGAGGACAAAGGGGCCAAGGAGGGAACGGACCCGGACGGCCGCAAGCCCUUCAAGAGGGCCUCCAAGAGCAGCGACACCACGGACUUCGCCUCGGGCGCCGACGCGCCGCUCCUGGACCCCAUCAGCGAAGAGGAUGAGAACCACAGCCUGUCCUCCAGGACCGCGGCUUCGAAGAAGGCGGCGGGGUCGUUCUACCACAAGCUCCCCAGCGAAGACGACUCCGGCCCCGAGGAAGCCGACAACACCACGCCGCUCCUCCACAAGGCGGGCCGCGCCAGUCCGCCGUCGCCUGGCUUCCGCUCAGACGUCCUGGAGAAGAAGGACUCGGAUUCAGGGAUGCGGUCCAGCGACAGCUCCCUGGGUUCGCCGCCGGAGCAGGCGGGCGGAGCGCCGAACCCCGGCCUGAUCGAGCUGGAGCUGGAGGGCCUGGUGAGGAAGAGGGGCCUCCUGCCCAGCCGGCUGCAGGACGCGGCGGUGGCCCGCAUGUCCAUCUGCUCCGACGCGCCGUCCGAAGCCAGCCUGAUGGCGAGCAGCCCGGACGAAGGCUGGCCCGCCGACUCGGUCAGCAACCUGAACCGCGCCGCCAGCACCACCACCCUCAACAACAACUCAACGGCAGACGACCCCAACUCCAACUCCAACAACAGUCGUCAGCGGCAGGAGAACUUCCUGGACUCCAGCGUCAUCAUCCACCCAGGAAGCACCGCCGCCGCCGUCCAUCAGAACCAGAACCUGUGCUCCAUCAACCUGGGAGACGAGCGGGAGAGCGUCCUCUGAGGCCCCMMCCUCUAAUUUGGGUCAUGUUCAUCUUUGAUGUUGUGAUGCUUUAGUGUCCGUGGAAUGAGUAGCUGAUCCAAAGAAAACCGUUAGCAGAAUCCUGACCUCAUACAGUCAUCACUUCCUGUUUGUGAUUCCAUCGCUUCCUGUUGUUUGUGAUUUCAUCGUUUCCUGUUGUUUGUGAUUUCAUCAUUUCCUGUUUGUGAUUUCAUCACUUCCUGUUUGUGAUUUCAUCACUUCCUGUUUGUGAUUCCAUCAUUUCCUGUUUGUGAUUCCUCUCCUCUGCGUUUCCUUGAAGGAAUGAAAAGUGUUCCAGGUGUUACUGAUAGUCCAGCAGUGUUGAUGUGAGGUGGGGCUGUUUGGUAGUUUCUAGG